AUGAGUCCAAUUAUUACUGUGGAUCAUAAUAGAAAUAUUAAGAUUUACACCGCCAAGGGUAGUUCAAUGUUUAACCAGAUAAUUAAGUCCGGUGGUUGUUGUGAAUCAGGGGGAGUUAUCUGGACGACUAAUGAUAUUACAAAGUAUGCCACUAAGGUUUUCACUAGCAUGAGUGGAUAUACAGUUAGCGUACAUCAGAUAAACGGUGAGAUAUUACACUAUGGCAGUCAUGAUUUUGGUGCACCAUGGGAGAGAGUUUCCAACAAAAUACCCCUCCAUAUUGAUAAUACAUCUAGUAAAAUUUCUUUUGACUAUGUGCAUGACGGUGAGAGGAGGAUUUUCACUGCGAAGCCCGGGUUCUUAUUUAUCAAAGUUCUGAUGCUUGGGACAUUCUCAGAUCAUGUUUUCUGGGAAGCAAAAACUGAUCAGGAGUGUUCUAGCAAGGUGGUGGUCUAUGGUGUAGAGUCAAGUAUUAAGAAUAUUAACAUAUUCCAGAACAAUAACCAGGUUAAACAUUUCCAUAAGGUGAAAAGAGAUUGGAUCACGACAACUCCUUUUGUUCUUGACAUUGACAUUAACAAGAAUAAUGAUCUCUUUGACUAUAGAUCUACCAGGGGAUUUGGCCACUUCAAUCCCAAAGCUAACUUGACAAUCACUAGGAUUGUGAAGAAAGAGCUUAAGAUAUGGUCUGCGAAAGAUAAUGACUAUGGUCUCAAGGUAGUGUUAAUGGGCUCUCGCAAGGAUGUGAAACAUAUUUCCAUUCUGUUGGAGAGUGGCAGGUUUGUUCUCCUUAGCAAGAGUGGUAAGGGUGAUCCCUGGGAAGACAUCACUCAAAAUAAACACAAUUUCUCCGGGGUAAAGUUGUUCUCCCUAGAUGAGGGAACCUCAAAGUAUCAUCAACUUACUAGGGAAGAUUAUGAACCUAUAGUUUUCGAGUGUAGAUACGGUUACAAACUUAAGGAUAGUGUAAAGUGUGUCAUGAUAACUAAUGGGAAUAUGUUACUGUGGAACCACACUGAGGAUCAUGAGUUUGGAUAUCCUAGGGGUAUGCCUGGAUCUUCCUAA